AUGCGUCCUCCUCCCCUCGGUGCUUCGCCGCUCUGUCUCCUGCUCCUCCUCGCCCAAGUGGCUGCUGCUGGGUGUGAAGCUGGUGUUUAUAACCGAGAAAACAAGCAGAACGUCCUUGAUCACGUUCAGAGUUAUGAGAUUACAUCCCCCGUUUGGCUGCAUCCUCUCCAGCACCAGAGAUCAGCCAGCAAAGAGCAUCCUGCAGAGCUCCAGGUUCUCAUCUCAGCUGAGGGUCAGGAGCUCCGACUACAACUGGAAAAAAAUGAACAGCUGUUGGCCCCUGGAUAUCAGGACAUAUGGUACACCGCUGACGGAGCGCGCCGGUCGUCUUCUCCUAACAACACUACACAUUGUUUCUACCAUGGUGAGGUCGUGGGCAUGGAAGGCUCCAGUGUUGCAGUCAGCACGUGCUUGGGCAUCAGGUAAGGAAACACUUAUAAACAAAAUUCCUACUGAUGAUGAAGACCAAACGUUCACUGGUGCUGCUUUGGUCACGUGCAUGUGUGAUCUUUUAGCCAUUAGAAUAUCGCCUAUAGAAUGAAUUAAAGGUGUGGAUCACUGACAAACGUGGAAGGCUGUUGUUGGUGUAGCAUCCAUGAAACAGCAGAGGACGUCCCAGCUAGUAGAAGCUAACUGUUCGCAUAAGCAACUACACCGCAUGGCAGAGCUCCUUCAGGCGUGUGUUAUUUGUGGAGAUAAAACAUCAACGUUGCAAGUCAGUGGUAGAGUCGUGUUGCUGCUAGCCAAUCAGAGGAGAGAUGUCCAAAUAUCAGGAAAUAAGACUCCAAAACCUGCCGUCUGAAGCCCAGCUGUGAUGUGGCUCACUUCUAGUUCCUGAAAAUGGUGCACUGGGUUUUUUCCCCCAGAGUACGACUCACAAGGCACCCGUUCCUACUAGAGACCACCACAAAUGUACUGGUUCAACGAGUGAACCACAUCUUUAAAGCUGCGUAGUUGUAUUGAUUUUAGGGAUGUCCACCAUGAUACCAUUAUCAUCGAUCGGCCAAUAUUGGUAUUUGAAAUGAUCCGUUUUUACUCCUUCAAUGACAUGACAUACCAAGGCCGUUUCUCAAUACUCAAGGACGCUAGCAUGUUCUCGAGCACCAGACAAGUAUGUUCUUGGCAAGGACACCAGAGAGUCUGUUCUGCUGAGGACGGCAUUUGGAACAGAACCGUACACCGCUGCAUCAUGGCAACAAGUGCUGCUUGUUUCUAGCUACGGUUAAACGACCUGAAAUGAAAAUAAAAGUUUAGUUUGUUCCUUAAAUAACAAAAUAGCAACUAAAACAUAUUAUUUGUAUUAUAUUUCGUCCACCUUUGAUGAAAACUGAUAAAAUACCAGCAUUUUCUGCUGUUGAAUGAAUAAAACUUUUUUUUCCCAUCAAAGCAGAGAUAUGCUGCUUUUAUUUUGAUAGUGGGUUAGCUAAUUAGCAUUUUGAAGGAUCGUGAAAAGUAAAACCGAAAUACGCACACCUACAUUUACAGCUAACCCAAUUAUUUACAAUAACAGACAACUUAAUAUUCAUUUAUUAGUAUUCCGGAUAUAAACUCUACAGUUAUUAGAUUUAUCCUCUGACCUUCAGAGUAUAACUUUGCGGUUGCGACGCAAUGCAUUGUGGUAAACUUUGCUGUCCCAGGUCUGCAGAAGCAUGCAUCGAUGCACCCUCGAUACAAAAGGCAGAGCAAGAACACAUCCGGGAACUUUGGGCAAACUUGCCCUGAUGCAUACGUAGGGUUAGAACAGUCGCUGGUGACGUUUCACACGGACGUGAGAACACAAGUACAGACAGGUCUGCAUGAUGAGAAACAGCCGAGUCAUGGUCAGCUCAAAACGUGAUUUGUUUUUGACAUAUUUUUGUUUGUUGGGCUCAUCUGGCUUAGCCUAACUGAAGUAGUUAAAAGAGGGAAUGACCUGCAGAACCAGCGAUGUUAUGUUAAAUAAUCUCAUUUUUUUAUCAGGGGUGAACCCACAUAUCAGUUUAUAUCGUUUAUUUAUCUCAGUCAAAAAGCAGAUGUUGAACAUGACUAAUUAUUAUUAUAUCACAAUCACAAGAACUUUGAAUCACAAAGUCAGACUACAUGAAAAAAUGUUUGGCAAUAAAAUGGGCCCUCACUCCCCUAAUGGGACAGACACUUUACUGCCACUAACAAGAAGUUAGUCAUGUUCUCACCUCAGAUGUGUUGGCAUCUGUCGCUCUGUGAAUUAAAGCCACGUCCUGCUGAUGCACACUUCAAAGCUUCAGUUCAUUGAUUUUCCAGGACCAUGAGCGCUGAAUAAGAACUUAAACCGUCAUUUUAAACAAAUCACUGCAUAAGUUUAGGCAUUUAAAAUGAAGAGGUAUUCUAAAACUGACUGUGUCAUGGAUUCUAUCAAUAACCCAUUUCCUGUAGUGAAGAGAGAAGGAGACAAUGAGCAGACAAGUCAAACAGUUAUAACUGUGGCAAGGUGCACGAGGCAAAAUGCCCCGAACAUCCGCUCACUGAGUUUAUUUGUAGAGAGAUGGAAGAGAGACAGAGGGAGACAGAGAGAGAGAGAGAGAGAGAGAGAGAGAGAGAGAGAUUGUGUGUGUG